UAUUGUGAGCGUUUUAUACGUCAGUUACCUCUUGUUACUAAACGUAGUCUAUGGCUUACACUGGCUGAAAAACGCGGGAAUAUUUUUAAAUUAAAAAUAUAGCUGUUCUAUUGUAAGCUAUAUUUUAAUACUGGCAAAUUAGAAAUAAACAAUUACUGUUAUAAGGUAAUUAAAAAGUAUAUUUUAAUAUUAAUGGGUUCCUAAUAUGUGCAAGCACGGUGUAUUAGUUCCAACAGAGGCAAGCGAUCCAGCGAUAAAGAAAGUGUGCAAACCAGCGAUGUUGGGGAGAAUCUGGCAAGCCAGCAGACGUGGUCUGACUCUGGAUCACACGCCGUCGCAUCAUUUUGCCUGUUCCCAGUGGCAGACUGGACAUAGACCAACAGCCUCAUAUAUUGUUUACAGGUGGCUAUUUUUCCUGUCAGCAUUAUCAAUUGGCUUAACAAGUUUCGCGUGCCAAAGACUGCCGCCUCUCUAUGAUGGGCCGAAGGUGGAGCUCAAUUACUUCAAGUGGUUUAUUUACUUCACUAACUGGGGAUACAUGCUCAUUGUCCUACAGGCAGCCUUAGCUUUAGCUGUUGUUCAUAAGUACAGGAAUCAGAAAACCUAUUGCAUACCUUGUGAUGAUGAAGACAUUCCAUUACCACGUCGUCAGAAGACACCAUUCCUGUGCCGUUUGUACUGGCUGGUGCAUAAUAUUGCCACGGACCUCGCGUUCGUUAUAACACUUGUAUAUUGGACAUUGGUCCAUGACCCUAAAAUGCACGAGAUAAACGCCUUGAAUAUCUUGGUACACGGCUGUAACUCACUAGCGAUGUUGCUAGAAUUGGCUGUGACUGCGCAUCCGAUACAGGCUAUGCACGCUUUGUUUGGCGCAGGCGCAGGUCUUAUGUAUGGGAUAUUCAGCGCCUUCUAUUGGGCUGUAGGGGGAACGGAUAGAGUUGGUCUGCCGGCCAUCUAUCCUGCAUUAGAUUGGAACAAACCUGGUUCGGCGUUCGGUUUCGUCGCCCUAUGUGCGGUAGUGAUGAUGUUUGCUCACGCUAUCGCCACCGUACUCGCAAUAUUACGCAUGAAGUUAGCUGCGAAACUUCGACCUUCGGGCUCACACCUCGACAAGUUCACUCUGCCUACACACUGAGGGUCAAUUAAGCGGGAUUAGACUGGUUUUCAUAGGUCAAUGGACUACCAAAAUUUCAAUUACACUAUCAAAGGUGACCCUAAUUGCACAUGAUAAGACAUAGGUAGCAUUUCUAAUUAGGAUACGAUUCAGAUAACACUUGCCUCGUUGAGGCGUCAUAUCUGCUUAUAUAGACUAAGAAAUAACUUUUAUUUAGCUUAGUUAAACCAAAGAAAACCAAACAGUUAUUCAUUAUAGAUAAUAUACAAAAAGUUUUCAUUGCAAACCGUACUUCAAGUGACAUUUGACAGUUAGAGAUCACUGACGUUCCAAUCUCUAUUUGAUUCGCACUGUAUAGCUUCAAUUUUGACGCAAUAGGGUAAUUCUUAUUUCAAAAAGUUAAAGUAAGUUUCUGAAUAUAUGAAGUUUGACAAUUCGGACAGAGACUAUAGAUUUCAUUGUGACUCAAAGAUUAGCACUAAGUUAAGAAAACUGCAGAUAACAUAAUUUCGCUGAUAAAUUAUGACUGUGAUCGUCAGUAUUAUUAAAGUAAGACCAUGAUCAUAUACGAAUGAAUUAUAGGAAUAUAAGUAACUGCUAUUGGCUUUGAGCAUUUAUUACGUUAAACUAUAAGUACCUAUGUUUAUUGUAUUUUCAAAUCUACAUAAUAUGGCGGUUUAAGAGUUAAGGUACGUUGGGGCAGCUCUGGUAAAUAGGGCUUAUUAUUAAUAUGUCAUUGCAUUCGCAUAUAUAUGAUAUAUUUAUAAUAGAUACAUACAGCUUGUGUUAAUUGCAUGUCGUCGGUAGGUCAAUUUGUAAAUCAAUAGAUUUUUUUAAAUGUUAGUUAUAGAUUUAGAGUAUAGAUUUUAUUACAUGUUUUAUAAAAAUGUGAGCUUUUGCUGAGCUUCAGUACAUUCUUAGCCCAGAGAGACUAAGAAUUCGAAUCAUAAGCAAAGCGCUCGAUGUGAGUCUCAGUUCUCUGCCUAUUAAGAGAAUUGCCAAGACUAAAGUCAUCGGAAAUUGUAGAACAAUGUCCCAGUUUUCGUAAUUAUUUCCUAUUCAUAAGUAGCACGAAUUUUGUAUAAAUUGGCACUUCACAGGAUAUAGCGUCUUUUCUAUAAUAUACAUAUAUAAUAAGAUUCAGUGUCAUAGCAGUGUCAUCUUAGAAUUAUACAAGUUUCAUCCAGCUCAAAGCGGAUUAGUAGAUUUUAUUUUUACGACGGUGAAUUCUAAUUUACUCAAUGUUAUAUUUGUCUAAAUUACCUAUAAUAAUACAUUUAUCGCAAUUAUGAGCAGGUAUAACAUAUUAUAAAGAAAAUAAAAUAAUUGAAAAUAAAAUAAUUCAAACUAUUUAGGCGUAUGAUACAGUAACGUAUAAAGCGAUUUGACGUUUAUGCAUCGUCGAACAAAUGAAUGCGCAAAGCAAUUGCGCGGGACUCCUGAUAUUUGUUUCUCUAUUUAACCAAUCCGUCGUAGGUAUUCAAAAUGGCUGUUUUUAAAGAAAACAAAUGCAAUUUAAGAAAAUAACCAAAUAAGUUACCAUUACCUAUUUAUGAUGUUUACUGUAGUGUUUGUGAUUUGUAGACUUUAGUAUGAAUUGUUCCUAGCCUGAAUGUGUAUGUAUAGGCACAACUCUGUGAUUGAUUUAGUGUUAUUUAAGUACUGUCCGAAUGCCAUUUCUGUAAAAGAUAUUAUUUAAAACAGCUUUUACCUAAGUAUCGCCAAAGAGUUAAUUUAUUACUGCUCAAAAGCGAAAUUCUGUACAUUAAAAUAAUUAAGAUAU